AUGGAAUUCAAUAUGCUGAUUCGAGAUUUGAUGCGUGAUCUAGUGAAGCUGGUGGGCAGUGGACUGUCUUUCCAAGUAACAAAUAUCAGACCUAAACUGUCAAACAAUGAAGAGUACCUCCAAGAAAUGGAUCGCGUACUAGCUGCAGAGGCUAAAACACUUCGCCUGACAGAUUUCAAACUAGACCAUGUAUUUGCCAAUACUGUAGCAGAUACUGUCGAAUCCACUCUCAAUCUCAAAAGAACAAGCGAGGAGGAGGCGAUAGUUGUGAAAUGGGAGUUUGAACUUCACAAAUUGAUCUUAGUGCCCGGUGCACUCGAGAAGGUUUUGUCAAAACUGAAGGAACUCAGACCAGAAAUCAUGGUAAUCAGUGGAGGAGUCAGAAAUUUUUAA